CUUGCGGUCUGUGAUGCUGCUACUGCUUCUCCUAGCUGUCGUCGGCGCGUUGGGGCUGGCCCUGCUGCUGGCCACGCACGCGACCCGACGCCGUACGUGGAAGUACGUGAAGUGCAUGCCAGGCCCCAGCGAAUUUAUCCCCAUGCGCACGGUGCUCCAAGUGCAGCUCACCGCGGCAGCGCUCAAGAAACACGCGGUUCCUCCGAACGCCGUAAUAAUGCAGACACGUCUGGGCUUCUGUAAGCAGUUUGAAAACCAAGGCAUAUUCUGCUUCUACAUUGGUUCAAGACCGUGCGUCACAGUUUUCAAGGCAGAGCACAUUGAGGUGGUUUUGAACAAUCGCGCCACGCAGUCCAAAGCCUCUACCUAUUGGCUGCUUCAUUCGUGGCUCGGAACCGGACUCCUAACAAGUUCUGGAGCCAAGUGGAAAAGUAGGAGGCGAAUGCUCACGCCAGCUUUCCACUUCAAGAUUCUCGAGGAUUUUGUGGCGCCCAUGAAUGCCAUGGCGAGGCACACAGUUGCCAAGAUUGAAAAGCAGCUCAACAAGCCUUGGAUAGACGUGGUUCCCUUGGCAACUUCAUGCACCUUGAACGUCUUGCUUGAAACUAUUAUGGGCUUCUCGAACCCGAUGCAGGACUCCGGAUGCCGAAAGUAUGUCCAGAACGUGACAUCGGUAGCAGAAAAAGUUGUGAGCCGUUCACAGGCUCCCUGGUUUUUCUUUGAUUCGUUGUAUUAUAAAACAGAAGAAGGAAGAGAAUAUCGCAAGCACGUAUCAGAAAUUCACGAUUUCACCAAAAGGGUUAUCGCCAAAAGAAGAGGAGAAUUGUCGCAACAGAUCACCGAUGAAGCGAAGGCCCAGCCGCGUUCCCUGUUGACAGGCGACCGAGGCCCCGGCGGCCACUCGACGCGAACACGGUUGAACUUCAUCGACAUUCUACUCUGUUACAGCAUACAGGUAGACUCGUCCUUGACAGAUGAGGACAUUCGAGAAGAAGUGGACACUUUCAUGUUCGAGGGACACGACACCACAGCAAUGGGAAUUGCGUGGUCUCUAUACCUGAUUGCACUUUACCCGGACGUUCAAGCGAAAAUCCAGGAGGAAUUGGACAGUGUCGUCAAGGAAGACUUUGAGAGUGACAUAACACUAGAAGAAAUAAAGGAGUUGAAAUUCCUGGACUGCGUCCUCAAGGAGUGCCAGCGCAUUUACCCAUCCGUUCCCGCUUUUGGAAGAGCAGUGAAAGAAAAAAUGAAAAUCGGGGAGUACACCGUCCCCGAAAACAGUGACAUCGACAUCAUCGUAUACGCCCUGCACAGAGAUCCGACUGUCUUUCCCGAUCCGGAAGCUUUCAACCCAGAAAGAUUUUUACCAGAAAACGUGGCGAAUAGACAUCCAUAUGCCUACAUACCAUUCUCAGCUGGUCCUAGGAACUGCAUAGGACAACGAUACGCGUACAUGGAACUGAAGAUAAUCGUCGCUACAAUUCUUCGACGCUUCUGUCUGAAAGCGUUGGAUCAUCGUGAUCGCCUGAUAAUGAAAUGCGAACUCGUACUGCGACCUGAGAACGGGUUGAGGAUUGCUUUUACGCCACGACAAAAUCAUGUGUAAACCACACCAGCUACCGGAAUUCUCUUCCUAGUGGAGUCUGGUGGACUGUGUUCCGUUUGGUUUGCUCACUAGUUGACUGUCCAUAAUUAUUAGGCACUGUCUGUGGUCUCUAUAUGACGCAACUGAUUUUACCCGAAAUAAGUUUUGCAGUUCUUGGGCUUCGCUGCAUGCUUCUUGACGAUUUCUCAAUGUUUCAGCCAUCAACAGUGACUCGUUUUAGCAUUACAUAAGGCUUGUUACAUGGUAGAAUAUACAACAUAACGUUGGUCAUACUUGCUCGAAAGUGGCAGAUCACUAAUAACACUUUACAAAGCAGCGUUUCACUCUUAGCCGUAAGGAAAGUAUAACUUUGUGCAACUACCUUCGUGUUUCUCGGAGUUUUAUUGCCAAAUAUCUGUGCGCAUUCAUCGAACGCGGAGGCUUUCUUGCUUUGAACAAAAUACGCUCCAAGACAUCCCGAAUGUUGUAUUUGCCCCAAAUGCAUGAAUUGUACUAAGGUGCGAAAAUGACUUACUUAGUGAUAUGCGCCCCCAUGUCCGUGUAGUUCUCCACUUUACUCCCUCGACCCGUGUAGUGUAACCAGCUAAUAAUAAAUAGCUGCAUAAUAAUGUUUGCCUUCUACUGCUAGAGUAUGCAUCUGUAGUUUGUGGCAGAACGUCUAAAUCUAAUCGUGAUCUCAUUGAGCGCACGCAGUUUAAUUUUAUAUCGAUUUUCAAACACUGUCUUUGUCCCACUGGUGACCAUAGUUUAACCAUCUUCAACUUGUACUUCUAAAACCAAGGCGUAUUAAGUCAGAUGUAGUGGUGCUCUUCGAGGUGGCUCAUGACACUAUGCAUUCCCCAAAACUGCUUGAUCAUGGAUAAUUUUGCGCACCACAGUAAUUAUUGUCCUAUGGCUUGACUUUUAAGAACAUGCAAUAUGUAUUCCGCCGAAUAUUGUCAUAUUUUAGAGUUAACUUCCUUUAUUCUGUACAAGUGUACGAAAUCACGUUCAAUGAUUAACUUGCUUUCACGCCCGCCUUCUCGUUUAUUUCUUUAUCCUGUUUUUUUCCUCUACCUCAAGUUGUUUUGUCCAUGAAUUUUGUCCUUCCUGGACGUUGUCUUUUGGGUAUGAGUUUUUAAAUAAACCAGUACAAAGCCAUCAUGGCAGUUUCCCUGUACUACAAUAAACGUGUUGUUGUCGUCAUCGUCGUCGUCGAU